CUUCCGAAUUAGUGGAAAAAAUGGCACAAAAACGGACAGCAAACGGGAACGGAGUGCGGCUGCUGAAGGAGGAAAGUGACCUGAUGGUUAUCCGGCCACUGGGUGCCGGGCAGGAGGUGGGCCGGUCCUGUAUCAUGCUGGAGUUUAAAGGCAAAAAAAUUAUGCUCGACUGCGGUAUCCACCCGGGGCUGUCCGGCAUGGAUGCGCUCCCGUUCGUCGAUCUCAUCGAUGCGGACCAGAUCGAUCUGCUGUUCAUCUCACACUUUCACCUGGAUCACUGCGGGGCGUUGCCAUGGUUUCUACAGAAAACUUCCUUCAAAGGACGCUGCUUCAUGACGCACGCGACGAAGGCGAUUUACCGGUGGAUGCUGUCGGAUUACAUCAAGGUCAGCAACAUCUCGACCGACCAGAUGCUGUACACGGAAGCGGACCUAGAGGCGAGCAUGGAGAAGAUCGAAACGAUCAACUUUCACGAGGAGCGUGACAUCCUUGGAGUGCGGUUUUGGGCGUACAACGCGGGCCAUGUGCUGGGCGCCGCAAUGUUCAUGAUUGAAAUCGCCGGCAUACGGGUGCUGUACACGGGGGACUUUUCACGCCAGGAAGACCGGCAUCUAAUGGCAGCGGAGAUACCGGCAAUGCGACCGGAUGUACUGAUCACCGAGUCGACCUACGGAACUCACAUCCACGAGAAGCGAGAGGAUCGUGAAAAUCGUUUCACCUCGCUGGUGCAGAAGAUCGUCACGCAAGGAGGUCGCUGCCUGAUUCCCGUGUUUGCACUGGGGCGGGCACAGGAGCUGCUCCUGAUUUUGGACGAGUACUGGAGCCAGAACCCUGAUCUGCAGGAGAUCCCGAUCUACUAUGCGUCUUCGCUGGCGAAAAAGUGUAUGGCCGUGUACCAGACGUACAUUAACGCGAUGAACGAUAAGAUCCGGCGCCAGAUAGCGAUCAACAAUCCGUUCGUAUUCCGGUUUAUCUCAAACCUCAAAGGAAUCGAUCACUUCGAUGAUGUCGGUCCGUGUGUAGUGAUGGCCUCCCCGGGUAUGAUGCAGAGCGGUCUAUCUCGGGAACUGUUCGAAACGUGGUGUACCGAUCCCAAGAAUGGCGUCAUCAUCGCCGGUUACUGCGUGGAAGGAACGUUGGCGAAAACGAUCCUGUUCGAACCGGAAGAGAUAACCAGCAUGAAUGGACAGAAGCUUCCGCUAAACAUGUCCGUCGACUACAUUUCGUUCUCGGCACAUACGGACUACCAGCAGACGAGUGAGUUCAUCAGAUUGCUUCAGCCAACGCACGUGGUGCUGGUGCACGGGGAACAGAACGAAAUGGGUCGCCUGAAGUCGGCACUGAUGCGUGAGUACGAGGCCAAUCCGAAGAUACAGAUCACCUUCCACAACCCACGCAACACGCAACCGGUCGAGCUGUACUUCCGGGGAGAGAAAACGGCCAAAGUCAUGGGAACGCUAGCCGUCGGUGAACCGGCCGACAUGCAGCGGCUCAGCGGGGUGCUGGUGAAGCGAGAAUUUAAAUAUCAUCUUCUCGCACCUACCGAUCUGUCGAAGUACACGGACAUGAGCAUGUCGAUCGUCACACAACGCCAAAGCAUUCACUGGCCGGGCUCGACCGUAGUACUGAAGCUGUUGCUGGAACGUGCCGCCGGACCGGGCACCGUUGUCGAAUGUCCUGUGCCAGAAGGCACUACCGGUACGACGCGGUUACGGGUGUGCGAUUGUAUCGAUCUGACGGCGGAUGGUAAAAUUGUUAUCCUGGAAUGGCAAGCGACACCAGUCAACGACAUGUACGCGGACAUGGUAAUGGCCUGCCUGUUGCAGUGUGACAUCGCUGGCAGUAAUGUCGUCGGCACGCGACCUACCAAGGUGGACGAGAAGCACUACCAGAAUUGUCUCAUCGAAACGCUACAGGAACUGUUCGGUGAGCAGUCGAUGGAGAAAUUUAUCGAUUCGAAUCGCCUAACUGUGACGGUGCGUGGCAAACGUAUCGUUAUCGAUCUUCAAACGCAUGAGGUCGAGUGCGAUCAGGAUGAACAGCUGCACCAAACCGUGCACACGACCGUACGUAAACUGCGGCAAAGUCUUAUGCUGUAG